GUUACUCGGUCGAUGUUCUGAUUUUACUGUAUUUGUCCAUAGGAUAAAAAGUGGUGGGAGCAUCGGCAUGGCGGGCUGUAUAGUCUCAACAAUGAAUGAUCAAGUCCAAUUUUGAAGAGGCAGGAGUAUGAAUGCUAAGACAAUGCCGCUUGUGGCACACACACGUGAUGUCUCAUCCCGUAUAAGCGAUGUCAUUGACAGGGAUGUAAACAGGGCAUCCAAGAUCCGUAGCAACAUUCGACUUCUGUAACAGGAACAUCAAUCGUCAAGGUCGACAGUGUGUUUCUAUACAGUCAAUGUCCCCCAACACCGUCACCUCCACAUUCCGCCAAGCAUGAACUUCGUCUCCAAUAUCAUCCAGUCCAGCGUCGCCGGCUUCGUCGACAGCGGCAUGCGCACCGCCGGUGGCUACGCCGGAGAUAUAUUGAAUAAAGCAGGCGACUACAUUGAGUCCGGCGGUGCUGCAUACGGUCGAGGUUCGAGGCCUAGAAAGACCAUCGCCACAGGCGCGUCUUCAACAACGAAGAGGCCAGUGGCGGUCAAACGGGCUCAUUCCACUCCUGUGGCGCCAAAUGGGAAGGGUGCUGCGGCUGCUAAUAUGCCUUAUACCGGGACUGUGCCGACGAAAAGGUCUAUUGCUAGCUCUGCGAAGCCAAGGGUGACUGACACCAAGGGAUCGGUGGUGCGUUCGCGGUCUGCGUCUGCGACGACGGCCGGGUCGAAGUAUACGCCAGGUGUUGUGACGGGGACAGGUGGUACCGCGCAGAAGAAGAUCACAGGGGCAGGGGUGAAGAAGACAACGGAGGAUGGUAGUGGUGCGAAGUAUACACCGGGGGUGGUUACGGGAAUGCCAAAGGGGACUGGUUCGAGUGUGAAAAGGGGUAACGCGGGAGGGUCGACGAAGAAGACCACGACGAGUGAGAGUGGUAAGGCAAAGUAUACGCCUGGAGUUGUGACCGGGAUGCCGGCGAGUAAGGGGGUGAAGGAGUAAAGGUUGGUGAUGAGAUGUGGCAUGCAAGAUGCGGACGAUUAGAACAUGGUAUCACUGGGACUUCCAACCAAGCUUCAACUAUUGACUA